CUGCUUCUCUGUUGCUCUGCAUCUCGAGUUCUCGUAUCGUUUUCCGCGUAAACAAAAUCGAAGGAGGAGAGACCGAGAGAGUGCCCCUCGAUGUAGUGGUGCGGACGGAAAUUAUGUAGGUUUGUGCAUGAAUCCCCCUUGACUGGUCGGUCCGGUGUGAACUAUAAAAACCAACUCGUGCCACCAUUUUGGAUCAGUAAAUUAUUUACGUCGGCAGACUGAACUGGGAGAAACGGAGGGAAGCGAAGCUGCAUAUAGACAAAUAGAUAGAUUGAUAGAUAAGAGAACAUCGUGGAUUCUGGCAGAAUGUGGAUAUUUUACGUGGCGUUGAUCGUCUCGAGCGGAGUGCACGCGUUUCCACAGAACAAUAACGGUGCACGCGACGACGGCCGCCUUUCGGCUUCUUUCGAAGUGGAUGGAUUCGUUUUCGACGGACCAGCGGACGGACCCGCAGACGGAGGAUCCGUGACGCAGACGCCGUUACGAACUACGAGUUCAACGACUGUGACGACCACAACGGCGAAUUCGGAUAUGACCGCGUGCAUGGCCGCGUGUCCAGGGACGCCGGAAUAUAACCCGGUCUGCGGAAGCAACAGGCUCGACUACGAUAAUCCAGGACGACUGAACUGCGCGGCGGUCUGCGGCAUAGAGGUGACGAUCAGCUACUUUGGAAAGUGUUCGAGUGCAGCUGCGCGGGGAUAGUCGCCGAUCGCGUUGAUCGUUCGACGCGCUCGUUACUCCCAUUUCUCGCGUCCUCGUUGCUUGAAUAAAAUUUUCAAUUUGAUCGUUAAUCGACGACCGUCUUCUUAU